AGGAAAGAACCAGAAUGGAGGGAAGAAUAAGCAGAAGCAGCAGCGAGCUCUCUCACUUCGCUCCGAGAGGGAAGAAAAAGCGUAGAAACUCUGAAGAGUGAUCAUGCAAUGUCGGCGAGACGAAGACCCGCGUCUGCUCCGCCGAGGAGCGUCCUCCCAUCGCAGGAGCUCCUCGACGAUCUCUGCAGCCGCUUGAUUCUAAAUCUACCGAAAGAAGACCUGGAGUCGUUUGAGAGGAUCUUAUUUGUGGUGGAGUAUGCACAUUGGUUCUACGAGGAUAAUAUAGCGGAGAAGGAUCCUUGCCUGAAGUCAUUCAAUCUGAAAGAGUUUGCUCAAUUGAUUUUCCAGAGAUGUGAAGUAUUCAGACCUUAUGCUGUUCAUAUUGAUGAGAUUUUCAAGAUGUUCACUUCCUACAAGUUACGUGUUCCAGUUUUCGGUGCAAUUAUAUUGGACGAAUCUUCUAAACGGUGCUUACUAGUGAAGGGAUGGAAAGGACACACCUGGAGCUUUCCCCGUGGUAAAAGGAACAAGUUAGAGGAAGAUCAUGAUUGUGCUAUUAGAGAAGUCUUGGAGGAAACUGGCUUCGAUAUUUCAAAUCUUCUUAACAAAAACGAAUAUAUUGAAAAGACUUUUGGAACGCAGAGAGUGAGGCUAUACAUAAUUGCUGGUGUGAAGAGUAAUACUAGUUUUGCUCCGCUAACUAAAAAGGAGAUCAGGGAAAUUGGAUGGCACUGCCUUGAUAAACUCGAGUGCGGAAAUGAUUCAGUGCUAUCUCGUGGUGGCAUUGGCCCAAGGCUUUAUAUGGUGGCUCCUUUUCUGAAAUCUCUGAAGUCAUGGAUUUCAGAGCAUCCUGCCUUGGUUGCUCAAGGUUCUGCUGUGCCUACAAAAGGAAAACUUAUUUGGAGUGCACAGAUAAGUCCAACCCAAGGUCAAUUGAUGAUCACAAAAGGUGAAUCAGAGUCAUCUAAAUCUCCACCUGAAGCAUCUCCAUCUGACACGCGCCCGGGCAAGUCUUUCAGGAACUUCAGCUUCAAUACUCCUGCCAUCCUAAAUGCGAUGGAAGCAGCCUUUGGCGCCUAAAAAGCAAUCUAGGCAAGUACUUUACCAUGAUGAAGAGGCUGGUUUUUCCGAUUCAUGCUCAGGUGGCUCUCCAAUCCUUCUUUCGUCCUGCUGCAAUAUAUUGAUUAACGUCAAAUCCCCAUAUCAGUAUAGGGUGUAAAUGUCGCAUAUGCUGUAUAGAGUAAAUCCAAUAGUCAAAGAAGCAUCGACUGGUUGCUUUCCCUCCCGAUCCAACAACAUAUCAUUGUGAUGGAUAUCUUUUUCAACUGGAAUGCCUGCGGAAAAUUUUCUUGGAGAAGAAAAUCUCGGUGUUUCUUGUGCGAGGCUGCUUCUUGGAUAGUUGCGUAUGUUUCCAAGUCCAACUAAGCUUACGUGGCAUGUUUCCCCAGUGCAUUGCUGGAGUGUUCGGCGGGAAGUCCAGAAUAAACAGCCAAUCAGAUAGUUCUCGUAGUUGUUACAAAAUCGGAUCACGGGCAUUGAUCUGUCAGAUUAUGCAACAUACCGUUGGGCUGAGUUGGGUCGGAUUGGUUGUGGGGACCGUCUUGUCCUUGAAGGGUAUUCAUCCGAGCUGUCCGUUUAUUAUAUUUAGUGAAAGCAGGAACAGCGGAUAUCCCAUUGUCGUCCAGCCGAUUUAUUCAUGCUCUCGUGUCUCCUUCAUUCAUUGCCUGAAUUCCUGAUAUUGGUGGCCCCACCGGCGAACAAAGAGCCUGCAUGCCCUGUCCGGUGCCAAGUGUUUCGCAUAGCUACGGUUCAUCAGCAAUCUUCUGUAGUCAUCCCACGAAUUGGUCAUCAGACCACGCGGUAGUAUCAUUGCUCCAUAAAAUACUCGUUUUAGUUCAAAA